AUGGAGGUGGAGGGGCGCAGCAUCUCAGAGGGCACCACGUACAGGGUCAAGGUGUUCAAGGUGAGCGACUACGGCGCCCACGUGCAGCUGCCCAACGGCAUGCCCGCCCUGGUGCACAUCAGCCAGUGGGCGCACCACCGCGUGCGCGACAUCCACGAGGUCGCAGCAGAGGGCAUGGAGAUCGACGUCCUCUGCAAGGGCCGCGAUGCCAAGGGCCUCAUCAUCCUGAGCCGCAAGGCGCUGCUGCCCGUGCCGCGCGAGCACCGCAUGCACCCAAAGCCCAAGCCCAUUGCAGCCGCAGCAGUUAAAGAGGCAGUCAAAGAGGCAGCCAAAGAGGCAGCGCCACAGUAG